GACCAGCAGCCCGGUUGUAGAUUGGAGGAUCAUCAAAGACGUGUUGAUACCUCAGACACUCGAUUAACUGCCCCUUAUGGGAGAAUAGCUGGAAAAUGGCAGUUCCCGGUAGUAGCUCGGUUUGGAGUACCCCUGAAGUCCAAAAACACCACGAACAGCAGUCAGUUUGCCACACGAGACCCAAAUAUAGAGAAGGGAGGAGACCCAAGGCAGUCAAAGUGUACACGAUCAAUCUUGAAUCUCGUUUUUUGAUGGUGCAAGGUGUCCCAGCCAUCGGAGUGAUGACUGAACUGGUGCAGCUCUUUGCACUAUAUGGGGUGAUCGAGGAAUACAGAGUGAUGGACGAGUACCCCGCCGAGCAAUUUACUGAAGUGUAUUUAAUUAGAUUCCAGAAAAUCCAAAGUGCAAGAGCGGCAAAAAGAAAUCUCGAUGAAAGGAGUUUCUUUGGAGGACUGCUUCAUGUGUGCUACGCCCCCGAGUAUGAAACUGUUGAGGACACCAGGGAAAAACUACUGGAUAGGAGGCGAUAUGUUGCUCGGUUCUUGCAGAACAAAGUGAAAGAACUGGAUAAGACUCAUGAAAACCAGGGUGAAAAAAGCAAAGAGUCCACGAUAAUGGGACAGACUGCUUUGGAAACUCAAAAAUCCAUAGAGGCUUGUGAUGAGGGGGACAGAAGUGACUGUAGCAGUUUCAGUUAUCCUCUAUUGCCCCUUCCUCCGCAAGAGCGAUUUCCACCCUAUUCUGAACAGACAUUGGUGAAAUUCGCAGCCGGGGAGGACAACAUGGGGUCAAAGUACAAUUUUAUGGACUCAAGUAAGCAGCCCCCUCCCUUUACAGUGCAGAAACCUUGCUAUCAUGAAAGCACACUGCGGAAGAGGACACUCCCUGCUGCCAAAUUUAUACCGAGGACGACACAUUUAGAGAACAGAAAACGGAAAGCUGGGGAAGCCAGUAAGACUUUGCUUUUGGGAAUCGGGAGCAAAUGUGAAACUCUGAUCGGACCGAAACUACCGGAACCACCUAAACUGGAUAUGGACGAUAAGUCCUUAAACGUCACAGCUGAUUUAAUCAGGAACACCAUGAAAAAGAUUUCAUCUGUUCCGGAGCAGAAGCCGACAGAAAAGAAAUCUGCAGAAAAACCAAGAAGGAGAAUUUAAUAGAUGGAUUGGCCGCACCAGAGUAAAGUGUCCAACUGAACAUGUGGAUUGCGUAUAUGCCAUUAGUAAAAAAUGUAGCUUGGGGAACAACACUUGCUGCAGUCAGCGUUCCGGAGGAUUCUGGAACGCUUGCUGUUCAAAUGCAUGGAUUCUCUGCAAAAGAAGUUGGGGGAGUUUCAGAUGCCACAUCUGUCCAUUCAAAGAGACGCCGUCUUCAUUGUGUUGCGUGAAGCUUAGUGUUACCUUUGAGUCCGGAAGACACGGUCCAAAUGCUUCAAGUAAGAGGUUUUCUUCUCGCACCGCUGUCUCAAAGUCAGUGUAAGACAGUCUCCCAUCGUGGUCAUGAUCCUGGUAACAAACGUGCCCUUUUAAUAUUUUGUAAAUAAGAUGGGCACUAUUUUUGUAAAGUCGUUUGUGUGUUUGAAAUUCAAAAUACACGCUACCAUUUUCUUGAGGGCAAUUUCCACCAGAUCUUUGACUCCUUCGUCUGGGUCUUCCUCCGUCGGCUGCCGGAUCAGGCUGUCUUUCAGCAUGUGAAACAUCUCCUCGCGGGAUAUGUAUCCAUCUCCGUUCAAGUCAUAGACAUUGAAGCUGUCUAAAGAGGUCAAUUAAACAGAAUACAAUACAAUAAACAUGCUGUAAACUAGUAUCCUUGUAAUGGGACAGGUUCGUUUUACAUUUUAUUUUUUCAUCCAGGGUCCCACGCAGGAACACAGCCAAGCCUUCUAUCCAUUCCUUCACGUUGAUAUAACUGUCGUUAUCCUUGUCAAAUGCCCGGAAAACUGGAAGAUGUGGGAAGGAAGCAGAGCUUUAUAAAAAUCUGUAGUUGGGGAAGCCAUCCAAUACAAGAUCCAGAAUUAUUAUUUAUGUGUAUCUGAAUAGUAUGACUAGAAAACAGUUUUCGCAGCCAAACUGUAAGGAAAAAACCGUGUUUCUUAACAUCACUUUCUUUUAAAUAAUGUUUCAUGGUUACAUCAGUUAUUUCUACACAACUUUGUGACAUUAAAGUGUUUUUGCACUGCA